GAGCCGCUGGGUGAGGUCUGUUGUUGGAACUGAGGAAAUAAUGGAGAAACCCCCGAAAAGUUGAGAGCGAGAAGCCGCGGGACUCGUGUCUUCAGGUCUCCGAAAACCUCUUCCCACCGGGACAGAGCUUUACGUGUCCCCCGCUCCCAUAACCCCGACUUCCCCACUAGCAUGUCCUGCUAGCUGCUAACGCUACACGCCGGGGCACCUGUCUCCAGCCUCUUUGUCUCAGCCACGUCGGCGGCUUCACGUCCUCUUGUUGUCAGUCCUCUCAACUCGGUGGGACAGAUAUCACCUGUCCUGUUCCUGUCCCUCUGUCCCCGCCGUCCUCCCGGAUCCGGACAAAGAAGAUGGACUGAUUCCUGCCUUCGUCCGGAAAUGCCUGACACGAACCCUGUAUGCGCCCCUUUGGAUCUUAUUAAUAACCCCGGAUACCCCCGACAGUAAGGCAUGGCGUCCUCUAAAGCAAAGGUAGGAGUCCACAGUGAGACCCCACCCCUGAAAGACAUCGGUCCACCCGGAGAGACGGGUCCCAACCACCGGAUAUACAGCCUGGAUGACCUGGACACCGUCGCCACCGUCGGCACAGGAACUUUUGGCCGAGUCUUCCUGGUCAAGGACAAGAAGAGCAGGGCCUUCUAUGCCCUGAAGCAGAUGAAGAUCCCUGACGUGAUCCGACUGAAGCAGGAGCAGCACGUCCACAAUGAGAAGGAGGUGCUGACAGAGGUCAACCACCCUUUCCUCAUCCGACUGUUCUGGACCCACCAUGAUGAGCGUUUCCUCUACAUGCUGAUGGACUAUGUGCCAGGAGGUGAACUGUUCAGCUACUUACGCAGCCGCGGGCGCUUCAGCAACAACACAGGCCUCUUCUAUACUUCUGAGAUAGUUUGCGCCAUUGAGUACCUCCACUCCAAAGAAAUCGUCUACCGUGACCUGAAGCCUGAGAACAUCCUGCUGGACAGCGAAGGGCACAUGCGCCUUACUGACUUCGGGUUUGCAAAGAAGCUCUCUGACAGGACCUGGACUCUGUGUGGAACUCCUGAGUACCUGGCCCCUGAAGUCAUCCAAAGCAAAGGUCAUGGCCGAGCAGUGGACUGGUGGGCUCUGGGCAUCCUCGUCUUUGAAAUGCUGGCUGGGUACCCGCCCUUCUUUGAUGACAACCCAUUUGGAAUCUACCAGAAAAUUCUGGCCGGAAAACUGGAAUUUCCUCGCCAUCUGGAUUUCUAUGUCAAAGACCUCAUCAAGAAAUUUCUGGUCAUCGAUAGAGCCAGACGGCUAGGCAACAUGAAGAAUGGAGCAGAUGAUGUGAAGAAGCACCGCUGGUUCAAAGCAAUUGACUGGGAGGCAGUUCCUCUAAGGAAACUGAAGCCUCCUAUAGUGCCUAAAGUUUCCCACGAGGGGGACACCUCCAACUUUGACGUUUACCCAGAGGACGACUGGAAGAAAGACCCUCCUGUGCCUCCGAAGGACUUAGAGAUCUUCAAGAACUUUUGAUCAGUCUGCCUGGUUUAUUUAUUUGUGGAAUAUCCUGAGAAUUGACCCAACAUAUUCUUAACGUACUGUUGCAGGGAGUCACAUUUUAUCUGUAAUAAUGACCUCCCAACCUACCAACUCCAAAUGAUUGAUGCUGUGACCUGUAUCAUACCACAGAGAUAAUUUGCUUUUUAUAUGUUUAUUUAUGUGACCUGAGUCGAACUUUUGCUGUUUUAAAAUUUUUUAUCAUUUUUUUUCUGAGCCUGCUCAUAUGCAAAAAGUGUGGUUCAUUUGAAACCAAAAGACUGUUACUUCCGAGGUUGAAAAAAGAGAAUAAUCAGGUCUUUUUUUAUAUUGUUUUUAUAUUUUCUCUCUUUCUCAAAUGUCAGCUGGCAAGUGGUUACUAAUGUGCAGUUUGGGACUUACUAUACUGUGUGUAGUCACGAGUAGGACACUUUAUUUGAAAAUGUGUGACCAGUAGCACUUGUAAAAAGGUGCCUUACAUCACAGUUUAUUGGGCAUGAUGUCUUGCAAUUCCCUUAAGUUCACAAGAAAUCUUCUGGCAGUACUAAUGGAAAUUGAAUCAUGGGACUGUCAGCACACGCGUGGUGUUGCUGAAUGUGCCGUCUCGUCUUCCACUUUAAAAGUCUUAUAUCUCCCACCUCUGUUAUUUCCUGUUGCACCUCGAAAAACAGCUUUAUUCACAGUCGGGACUUUCUUAUUACAAUAGCCAUGUGAAGUGAAAGGUGCUGGGACGUGGGGCCCUUGACAUCUAGUUAGUCCACCAAGUCAGUUUUCAUCCACAUAUCAGUGUAUCAUGUAGUCGAGGCUUAAAGCAUAUUUAUAUAGUUAUAUUUCAGGACAUUAUUGACCUUUGAAAUCAACUGCAUUCUGAUCUCUCUGUUUGAUAGGCUGCCAUUGAACUUGUUGGUGAGGGAGUGAUGUUUCAGGUGAAGGUGACACCAGUCCUAUACUGAGGGCAUUUUGGAACAGUACUGAUCUGUGAUUACUCAGCCCUCCACCCAUUACAUGCGUUUAACUGGGGGAAAUGGUUGAAGCACAACAGAUACUACAAGGUCGGGGGUUAAGCACAAAGAAGCAGCCUUGAUUUGGCAGGAGUCAACACUUGAAACAGUUCUGUGUGUAUUGCAUGUUUACUCUUAACAAUGCUUGUUAAACUGUUCAGCAGACACCCGAACACCGUAUCACUCUUUAUUUUGCCUCAUCUGUUAUUGUAAUCCCCCCCCCACACUACAUCUGUGUUAUUUGUUUGCUUUCACAUUGCAAACAUGUAUUAUCUGUACCAAAGGACUGAAAUGACCCUCAGUACUAUUUGGGGUAAUGUCAACGUUUGCCAUAUGGACCUAUAGUGCUUUUUUUAUUGUUUUUUUGCUUACAUUACCCACAAUGCUACUUGACCAUAGUUGGGUAGGGACAUUUCAGAGGUGUGUUAUGCUAAUUAUGACUCAUAAAUUGUUGCCUUCAGGGCUCUCUGCUGACAUGAACACCUAACUAGGUAGUUUUGUUGCCUAAAUCUAAACAAAGUCCUGUUUGACUCAUUACAUGUGGACAUUCUAGCCCUUGAUACUACCUCACCUGAUUUCUUAAAGCCUCCUCUGGCAGAAGCCUUGGAGGCCCACUGCUCCCACGGCUGCUUGGAGAAGCUAAUGUAUCCCACAGCGGAGAUGAUAGAGGUUAAAGAGGUCGGGUAAGUCCACAUCCCCUGAUAUCUUUACUUUCAGACUUGUAUUAUUCAGAUCCAACCAUCACUGUCUCAAGUGACAUUACUUGAGGUUAUUUCUCAGACUCCAGAUGGCUCCCUCUGGACACAUGAAAGGCAUGUACAAGUGUUUUCACACAUGCAUUCAUACUGCCCAACAUCUGGAGGAGGACUCGUAAAAUUAGAUACUCACAAGUACAACCCCAGAACUGUAUACUCAACUAAUAUAUAUGUCAAAUAGCAUGAGGUGUCUUUCCAAAUCAUGUCCACACAGAGGGACUUAAAGGGUGCAAAAACACAGUUUUAAUAAAUUUGCAGAAUAAAUCUUUGCUUGGCAUUUAAGGGAUUCGAAUGUCGCAGGAUUUCUUCUUGAAAGUUUAAAAAUGUGAAUACUUUAUUUGGCAUUUCUAUACUAACAUUUCUGUUCACAUAUGUCAUACUGCCUUUACAGAAUCAAAGUAUGUUCUAACCUAUUAAAUCAAUAUCAACACGGCCAA